AACAGCCACUUUUGCUGAAAGAUAAAUAUUACUUCACAUUGCGACCUAGAUUACAGUCGAGGGAGGAGAGAGAGAGAUAGAGUUCACGGUGGAGAGAUGCCCUGUGACAGACGCGAGGAGCCGGCUGCCGGAGGAACCUUUGCCUGCUCUGGGAAUAAAAAAAAACUUGUUGCCGGCUGUGAGUGAGAGCAGCUGAGCCUCACACCAGCUGCGGACGGCCGCCUCAUACUUCUCCUCACCUCAUAACCCUCCUCACCUCACACUCCUCACAAGAUGCGUCUAGUGAUUCUUGAUGACGGUGAAAGGGUGGCAGAAUGGUCAGCCCGGUACAUUAUAAAGAGGAUCAAUGACUUCAAGCCUGGCCCAGAUAAGUUCUUCGUUUUGGGCUUGCCUACAGGCAGCACUCCACUUGGAACGUAUAAAAAGCUAGUACAGUAUCACAAAGCGGGCAAAAUCUCGUUCAAAUAUGUCAAGACCUUCAAUAUGGAUGAAUAUGUUGGUAUUCCCCGGGACCACACUCAGAGCUACCACACAUUCAUGUGGCAGAACUUCUUUAAGCACAUUGACAUUGAUCCGGCCAAUGCCCAUGUCCUCGAUGGCAACGCACCAGACCUGGAGCAGGAGUGUCAGAAUUAUGAAAUGAAGAUAAAGGAAGCUGGAGGGAUUGAGCUUUUCAUGGGAGGAAUUGGACCCGAUGGUCACAUUGCCUUUAAUGAACCUGGCUCCAGUCUAGUGUCCCGCACUCGUGUUAAGACACUUAACCAAGAAACCAUAACGGCAAAUGCACGCUUUUUUGAUAAUGACAUGUCGAAGGUCCCCAAGCAAGCUCUGACUGUAGGCGUUGGUACUGUCAUGGAUGCCAGGGAGGUGAUGGUGUUGAUCACUGGGUCACACAAGGCCUAUGCCCUUCACAUGGCCAUUGAGGAUGGGGUGAACCACAUGUGGACAGUGUCGGCCUUCCAGCAGCACCCACGGACCAUAAUGUUGUGUGACGAAGAUGCCACACUCGAGCUCAAAGUCAAGACUGUCAAGUACUUUAAGAAUCUUCAUGAUAUUCAUUCUUGCCUGAUGGAGAAGGAGCCUUGAUAAGGACUUGUGGACCGUCCAUUGCAAGCUCAUCGACGAUCCAAUGAUGGUGUCUUUCUCAUAACUUCAAGAAAAUCUUGUUUUAAUUUUAAUAGCUUGUGGCUUUAUUAUAACUAAAUUUUUGUAAUUGCCAGGUAUUAAUUACACCUUAUGAAACAAUAUAUAUUUUGUGAGUAUUGUCAUUGCACUAAUUUUUUUUUAAAUUGAGAAUUGAUGCCUGGCAAUGUACUGUAGUUUAAUGGAUAUAUGAUCUUAAAUACACAAAUGAAUAUAGAAUUAUAGUUGCAUAUUAACUGGUUAUGCUUAAAACAAAUAUUAUAUUCCAGUUAUCUGUGGGGAAAAGGCCUUAUGUGUACUGUUAAUGAUGUAAUUAUGAUUAUUAAAAUUUAUUUCAUAAAGAUAUUGUAUUUUUAUAUGGUAAGCUAGUGUCGGCAUCGUGUUCAUCGUCGUGAAGCGUUUGCAUAUGUUUUAUUUUGCAACUCGAUGUAUUCUCAUACUCGGUACUGUGGUAUAUACUGGGAUUUAAAAGGUGAUUCUGUAUCGCGUAAGUAUAUGACGACAAUGCCGGCAUUCUUCCAGCAUUCAACUGGUGUUAGGUAUUUUUUCAAUAAAUUGAUAUUAAACAA